AUGUCUUCUCAAACGACUGAGUACAUGCCUGGUCUACCGCCAAAGGCUCUCAACAUUCCAGUUGAAGUUGCCCCUUCUCUAGAAGAAAGAUCCGCUGGUCGCUUUAACGAUGCCAACAUCAAACUCUUUCUCUCGGGAAUGCACCGUGAUGGUGUAGUCAUACUCAAAGACGUCAUUGAUCCCUCUCAUCUAGACAUCAUAAACGAGUUCAUGGUCGAAGACACAGCACGCGAAUUGACCAAAGAAAACCUCCACCGCAAUUUUGGUUCAGAGAAUCUCCAGCAAGGCCCGCCACUGACACCAUCCAAGUACUUUUUCGACGACGUCUAUCUCAACAGACUCCUAUUCCACGCAGUUAACCUAUACCUUGGGCCAAACGCGACAUGGAACAUGAUAACAGGAAACAAUGCUCUGCCGCACGGAGUCAAGCGUCAACCAGUACAUUCAGACGCCAUGUGUGAUCACCCUCCCGCUCCAUUCUACGUGGUUGCCAAUGUCUACACCACCGACGCCAGUGCCGCAAAUGGGUCUACUGAAGUCUGGCUCGGCACCCACCACUUCAACACGGAAGCUCAGACUCCUCCGGGAUCACACGGCGAGACGCACAUAAUUGAUGAGUAUGUUCAGAAGCGGAAGAAGUCCCUUCCUGGUUUCCAACCCACAGUGAAGAAGGGAUCGAUCCUCAUCCGAGACAUGCGUCUAUGGCAUGCUGGUGUAUGCAAUAAAUCAGAAGCGAUUCGCUACAUGAUUGCACUCGGGUUCUCGGCAAGCUGGUGGCAUGGGACGGCGCGCUUCAGAAUCCCUGCUGGGACAGGUAUCUAUGAGCGACUCAUGCAUGGAACAAAGAACCACAAUAUCACCCCGUUAAUGGUCGAACUACCUCCUGAGGAGUACGAGAAUCUACGGAAUGCGCAUGACUUUAGUGAUGUAGAGAAGAUGACGUAUGAAGGAGAGGUAUUCUAG